UAUUUAUUCAACCAAUCAAAACAAUCCACACUACCAUUUUUAAAGCACCAUCUAACACAACAUUGUAAAAUCAUUGAUUGACAUUUGACGUUUCAAACUGUUAAAAGAUGAUUUGAGGUUAUGUGAAACGUGAUUAUUUUAAAUUUUCAAUAAUAAUGGACGAAAAGCCGCUAAUAUGUAUCCCAGGACACCGAUUAUGCCUAUUAGAUAAAACCCACGUGAACGGUAACGGUACGUACGAAAGACACGGUUACAUAUAUUCGAAUUUAACCGGAGUAGUAAAAAUAAUUACAAAAAACGGGGUAAAUAUCGUAGAAGUACACAGUAUUGGAGAACAAACAUUAAUUCCUACUCAAGGAGACGUCGUAACGGCCCAAAUAAACAUUGUAACACAACAGUUUUGUAAAUGUUUAAUAAAGUGUAUCGGUGAGGUGGUUUUAAAUCGGCCGUAUCGCGGUAUUUUGCGAAAAGAGGACGUUAGAGCAACCGAAAAGGAUCGGAUUGAGAUGUAUAAAUGUUUUCGACCGGGCGAUAUUAUUUUAGCACGGGUUUUACCGAUCACCGAAAGUCAUACUUAUCAAUUAUCAACAGCGGAGAAUGAAUUAGGUGUUGUUAUUGCUCAUUCGGAAGCUGGACAUUCCAUGGUUCCAAUUUCUUGGACUGAGAUGCAAUGCCCUAAAACGUUAAUUAAACAAUCGCGUAAAGUUGCUAAAAUUGUCCCAGAAAAUUAUAAUCCAAAUAAUAAUGAUUAAUAGAUAAUAACAAAUUAAUUAAUUAAUAA